AGAGUGGCGUGUGCUGAUAUUGAAUAUAGACCGGCCUUUGCAUUUAUACUGGUCACUUUGCGUUCGCGCCUUUCAUUUUCGAUUUCACCAAAGGAAAUAUGUCAGAGCAGACUGAUAAAAAGAGAGUUGGACGAUGGUAUUUUGGUGGAUUUGCAAGUGCUGGUGCAGCAUGUUGUACACAUCCCUUGGAUUUACUAAAAGUUCAUCUACAAACUCAACAGAAGUCUAAUCUACGAUUAUCUGGCAUGGCUGUUAAAGUUGUUAGAAAUCAUGGAUUUUUCUCCCUUUAUAAUGGCCUAUCAGCAUCAAUAUUAAGACAGCUGACCUAUUCUAUGACAAGAUUUGCUAUCUACGAAGGAGUUAAAAAUAAUAUUUUAGGAUCGGAUAAAGAAGUACCAUUCUAUCAAAAAGUACUCUUAGGUGGAGUAGCUGGAGCAGUUGGUGGUUUUGUUGGUACACCGGCUGAUAUGAUAAACGUUAGGAUGCAAAAUGAUGUUAAACUGCCAGUCAACGAAAGAAGAAACUAUAAACAUGCAAUUGAUGGUCUCCUUAAAGUUUAUAGUAAAGAAGGAGCGUCCAAACUCUUUUCUGGAGCCACUAUGGCAAGUUCAAGAGCAGUGCUUGUCACUAUUGGUCAGCUAUCAUUUUACGAUCAGAUUAAAGUGAUGUUGCUCAUGACUGGAGUAUUCAAGGAUAAUAUAGUUUUGCAUUUUUCCUCAAGCUUUGCAGCUGGUGCCAUAGCAACUCUUUUAACAAUGCCAUUAGAUGUUUUGAAAACUAGAUUAAUGAAUGCCCCACCAGGAACAUAUUCGAGCAUUGGACAUUGUGCUAAAGACAUCUUAAAGGCAGGACCCAGUGGUUUUUUCAAGGGCUUCGUUCCGGCAUUUGUUAGACUAGGACCACACACAAUUAUAACUUUCAUAUUUUUUGAACAGCUAAGAAUGAACUUUGGCAUGCUUAAGUGAAAAAACUGUUUAAGUUGCAAAAAUAUUACCUUUUUCCAUAUUUGUUUUUCCUUUUAGAAUAUUCUUUAUGUUUAUAAUUCUAGAAUUGAAAACCAGAAAUCGCUCAGUGCUCAGUCAAUAAAACUUGCCGUUUCGGUGUUGUUUGUUUUUUCACUGAAAAAAAAAAUAUUUCUUUCCAGUUAUUACCUUUAUUCUUGUUGCUUUUGUUACUUUAUAAUUACUAGGCGUGGUGUACAAAAGUAUUAAUGAAUGUUGGAUAAGAUGUACUAAAUAUUUUUAGGCCUUUAAAAACUGUUUUCAGUUGAUAUUGUCUCAGUAUGCCAUAAGAAUUUUCAGUUAUUAGUGAAAUUAUUAUAUUAUUUGAAAUUUUAUGAGUUU